AUGGUGCCCAUUUCCUUGUUCAUGAAUGCCGAUGAACAUGAAGGAUACUGGAAGACAUACCCAGGGGCCUUUGGUGUAUCUCCUGUGCCCCCAGACAGAAGCCUUGGCCAUGCCACAGUGGGCUCCCACAGUGCAACAAAAGCCAGGUUCUGCCUGGACUUCUUCAAAGAGCUGAGCAAAGUAAAAAGAAAUGAAAAUAUCUUCUUCUCCCCACUGAGCAUCUCAGCUGCCCUGAGCAUGGUCCAGCUGGGGGCCGGAGGCAACACAGCCAAAGAGAUGGAAAGGGUGCUUCAUAUUCACGAGGUGCUGAGCAUGGGAAGUCCAGGAACCAAGAGCACCACUGGAAAGUGUGAAGAAGCUGGAGGAGCCCAUUCUCAGUUCCAGGAGCUUCUGUCUGCCCUUGGCAAAGCUGAUGCCAUGUGUUCCUUCAGCAUUGCCAACAGGCUUUUUGGAGAAGUGACUUUUCAGUUCCUGCAGCAAUACUUAGACUCUGCAAGGGCCUUGUACCAUGCAGAGCUGGAAGCCAUGGACUUCAUUAAUGCUGCUGAAGAGUCCAGAGGGAAGACGAAUUCCUGUGUGGAAAAGCAAACCGGGAAACUCAAAGAUCUGUUCCCUCCUGGCUCUAUUGAGGUGCUAGCUCUGGUCAAUUCUAUACACUUCAAAGGGCAAUGAGCUAUAAAAUUUGAGAAGGAAACCACCAGGAAAAUGCCUUACAUUUACACAAGAGAGCACAGGAAUGUACCGAUGAUGUGUCAGACAGGAAAAUAUAAACUAGCCAGGAGACAAGAAGAGCAAGUGACAGUGCUGGAACUCCUGUACACUGGAGAAGAGAUCAGCAUGUUCAUUCUUCUGCCAGAAAACAUCUGUGAUGAGUCUACUGGCCUUGAACAGCUAGAGAGUGCUGUCACCUAUGAGAAAUUAGUAGAAUGGACCAACAUGAAGAAUGAGUAUCUGCAAAUCAUCAGAAUGGAGAAGAACUGUGAGCUCAUACCAGUACUGCAGGCUCUAGGGAUGAGGGAUGCCUUCAUCCUUGAACAAGCUGAUUUCUCCGGGCUGUUCCUCUCCAAGGCUAUUCACAAGUUCUUUGUGGGUAAUGAAGAAGGCACUGAGGCAGCUGCUGCUACAGGGGUGCCUAUACUACCAUUGUGCCUCCACAUUCCUUACGAGUUCAGAACUGACCACCCGUUCCUCUUCUUGAUCAAACACAAGCCUAGCAAGAACAUCCUUUUCUUUGGCCGAUGUUGCACCCCCUAA